AUGGUUGUCCUCGCCGCCUCCAUUUGCACCCGCGGGGGCAAGGCCGUCCUCUCCAGGCAGUUCCGCGAGAUGCCCCGAUCGAGAAUAGAAGCUCUACUCGCCUCGUUCCCUAAGCUAGCUGACAGCGGUACGCAACAUACGACGGUUGAGCAGGAUAAUGUCCGCUUCGUGUACCAGCCUCUUGACGAGCUAUACAUGGUCCUCAUCACCAACAAGCAGUCCAACAUUCUCCAAGACAUAGAUUCGCUCCACCUCUUCGCCCAAGUCGUCACCAGCACAUGCAAGAGCCUGGAUGAACGAGAAAUUCUUCGACAUGCCUACGACCUUCUGAGUGCCUUCGAUGAGCUGGUAACUCUCGGAUAUCGCGAGAACUUGACCAUCAGCCAGAUCAAGACAUUCCUCGAGAUGGAGAGCCACGAAGAGCGUAUCCAGGAGAUUAUCGCCAGGAACAAGGAACUCGAGGCCACCGAGGAGAGGAAGCGCAAAGCCAAGCAACUCGAAAUGCAACGCAAGGAAUCUGCGAGGGGAAUGCGCGGAGUCCCUCGAACGCCAGUCUAUCCCACAUAUACCCCACCAUCCCGGCCGGCGGCCCCCCAAGAAUCAUACGACUCGUACGAGGCUGAGAAGAACAAGACUUUCAAUAAGCCGGUUGCGCUUAGGGGUAAGGGCAUGCAACUGGGCAAGAAGUCCAAGACGACAGACAUGUUUGAGCGUGUUCGCGGAGAGAUGGGUGCAGAGAUUGAUGACAGCCCGCUCGUCGCUCCCACUGCGGCUCCCGCCGCCCAAGUAGUCUCGCCUCGUGCCUCGACGACCAUGGAUCGUGACGCUAUUCACGUCAUCAUUUCAGAAUCGAUCACCGCGAACCUCUCCAGGGAGGGCGCCGUCAACUCGAUCUCGGUCAAUGGCGACCUUACGCUACGCAUUUCCGAUCCCAGCUUGACCAGGAUCCAGCUUGGACUGACCGCAAAUUCAUCCCACGGUGUCCAAUUCCGAACGCACCCCAAGGUGGACCGCAACACCUUCAAUAAGUCCAAGAUCAUUCAAAUGGCCAACGUAGCUCAAGGAUUCCCCGUGAAUAACUCUGUCGGCGUACUUCGGUGGCGGGCCGCCCCCAAGACGGACGACUCCAGUGCCUGCCCCAUCACUUUCACUGUCUGGAUAAACAAGGACUCGGACAAGUAUAACAUUACCGUCGAGUACGAACUCACUGGUGGAGACUCUUUGAAGGACGUCAGCGUCUUGAUCCCGUACCAGGCUUCUGAGCCCAUUGUAUCAAGCUUUGAUGCUACAUAUGAUAUUAUGGGCGACAUGCUCGAGUGGACCAUUGGGUCGAUUGACGAGGAUAACGGAAGCGGAUCUUUCGAAUUUGAGGCAGAAGCCAACGAUGAAAACGACUUCUUCCCUAUGACGGUCCGGUUCCAGAAGACGUCGCCCUAUGUCGAUGUUGAUGUAACUUCCGUCUCGCUUGUUGAUAUGGAUGAAGAGAUCACUUUCUCGAAGGACGUCAAGUCUACGGCAGAGAACUACGUAAUUGAAUAG